CUCGUUCAAAAUGGCGGCGUUUAAGCACAACUAUGCUAUCAUUUGUCGAAUUCCACAAAGUUUUAGAGACAGAUCUAUUGGAGCUCAAGGCAAGAAAAUGGAUGUGGAUAAAGCUAAAAGAGAAUAUGAACAGUUUAAGGCAACUUUGAAGAACUGUGACAUAAAUAUUAUAGAAUUGCAAGAAGACGAAAAUUAUCCCGAUUGCUGUUUCGUUGAAGACUGUGCUGUCACCAUCGGCGGAACAGCUUUGAUAGCAAGACCUGUUGCCAGUAGACAAGGAGAGGUUGGAGAGAUUCGAAAGGUCUUGAGAGAUGAUCUGGGAUUAAAAGUUGUGGAGAUUGCCGACCCAAAAGCCACUUUAGAAGGGGGUGAUGUAUUAUUUACAGGCAAGGAAAUCUUGGUUGGUAUCGGGAAACGGACCAAUGAGGGUGGUGCUCAAGCAGUGGUUGAUGCCUUCCCAGAAUACCCUAUUACUCCUAUCAACAUCGCUGAUCUUGAUAUCUUACACCUUAAGAAUGCUAUUAAUGUAGCAGGUCGAGACAUCCUGGCAAUUUGUGGUGGAAAAGAGGGCAAAUCCAUCCGUUCACAAAUGGAGCAGCUAGCCGAGUACCGCUGUAAACUGCUACACUUGGAGAGUCAAGUCAGUAUUGACAUGCUCUACAUCAAUGGACGGCUGCUACAUCGCACGCGCGAGGAGAUGGGAGACAGCAACUAUGGGUGUAUUGAUGAGAAGAUACUGUAUACCCGACAUCGUGUCUCUCUGGAGGAACUGAGUAAAGCUGGAGGCCGAAUUGCGUCUAUGGUGCUGUUAGUGAGCAAACACCGUUCACAGAAGAAAAUCAUCUCCAACCUCACUGAGGAUGAUAUAGCACCAUUCUCACAGUUCAAGGAUUUGACAUACGCAUCAAACACGCUCACAAAGAAAUAAAUAAACAUCCUGGUGGCUACAAGCUGGAACAAAUUUCAUUGAGGAAUGGUUGAAAAUAUGUUUAUGUUCCGAAAUAGGUCUGCAUUUUUACUAUUAUCAAUAUAGGUGGCCUGUGCUUUUGAUUGUGACUGAAAUAUCUAAUCAUAUGCUUUGAGAUCGGUUAUCCAAGUUAUAAAGAUUACUAUAUUAAAAUUGAUUGUGCAGAAAUAAUAUGCUGUGUUAUCCACCAUCUGUAACUUAUGUGACAAACCAAGUAGCCAGGUCACAAGCUGAUAACCAAAUGUUAAACUUUAGGCCCGUUAAUACAAACUGCUUCAUGCAAUGGCUUAAAAGAAAUAAAAGAUAUUAGUCAUGCUUUUAUUACGCUUUUUUAAAUAAGGAUUUCUUAUAUUUAUAGUCUCGAGCAAUUUAUUUUAGUCCACUGUUGUUAGCCAGUAAACAGAAGUACGAUUUUUAGGUAUAUAAAAAAAACUACUUAAAAGUCAUAUCCUGCUACUAUUCGGAUAUGACUUUGCUUUGUCUGUCAUCAUAUUCUGUCAAUAGAAACAAUGGUUGCAGGAUAAAAUAUCUUUAUAGACAUUGCUCUUGUCUGUUUUCAGUGUAAAAGAAAUCAAAGGGUUAAUCCUGAAAAUAUACCGACUGAUCUGUUGUGAAAUCAUGGAUUUGAAAAAUGAAUAAUAUAUUGGUGUUUUCUUUCCUUUCGAAACUGAACUAUUUUAAAGAAAUAUGUAAAUUACUAUGUAUUCCUCAAAGAACAGGUAUUGUUCACUUUAUUAGCUACAAGUGAGUUGUGAAACUGUCUUAUGUUGAGAACAAAUGUUACUGAAAUGAAAGUGCAUGUCUUGUCUUGUCAAAGACUAUUUGAUUCUGGUACUGAAAAUGUCAAUUAGUUCUUACUAAGCUUUCUAUCUGAACAUUUUACUUUGCACAAAUAUGUUGUCAUUUAAAUAAAAAAAAAUAGUUUGUGAUGUUUUUUUCACUGAGUUGAUAUCAAUGUUUUUAGAUUUUAAAAAAUCAUAAUUGGGUUUUAAAAAAAACCCAGCAGAAAUCUUCUGUCAUCAUUGUUUUUAUAGCUUUUAUAAUCCAACAAAUGAUUUUUUAAAUAACGGUUUCAAUAACUGUGCUUUACAGUUAUUGAAUACUGUAUCUCACAGAAAAGUUAAAACACUAAUUAUGGUUUUACCAAUGCUUAGUAUUCACGUUAACACUUCAGGUACUAGUGUAUGAAUAUAUAUUAAUAGGCUUUUUAUAACAGAGAGAAUUUGUAUGUAUUGGUAGUUUACUCUACUCUGUAUUAAUGUACUCUAUUCCGUAUUAGCCUAUUCUGUAUGUCCAUGACAAGUAUUGUACAUAGGUUGUCAUUCAUGACACCUUUCUUUCUCAUUCUAGUACAACCAGUUGGUUUUUUAAAUAUAUUUUAGAGACAGUUUAAAACAAUUUUUUUUUAUACAAACAGUAGGAUUAAACCAUUUACUGUUUCACAGUUCUGGUACUAGAACCGUGGUAGUUUUUCUUCUUCCUAGGUUUUUUAAUUGGGUAUCCAUUUCUACAUUUCGUAUCCCAAUGUUAAACAAUUUGACUUUAUUAAAACAAAAAAAAUCUGUCCUCUGUGAAUUUAUAUGUAGGCAUAGAUCUCACUUUGAAUUUCAAAACAUUGACUGUUCACAAUUUUAUAUCAUAAUAUGUACAUUUUAAUGUUGUUACUGAAGUCUUGCAAAUUACUGUUUAAAAAAAUGUUUGUGGUGGUAUCAUAAUACUGAAGUCUGAUGUUGUAAUGAGCGUUCUUGGUGCUGGAGUCUUAUUUGCAAAUUGUCUCUACCUCUUGACCAAUCUUCAUGCAAUUACUGAAGAUAUAUUUUCAAAACGUAUUCUUUUUCUGUGUAUAAAUAUAUAUAUAUAACUAAAAUUUCAUAUAUUUUUGCUAUGGUAUCAUUAUGUACUUUUUUAUUUUUAGCAGUAAACUUUCAUGUCUCUUCUAUAAAUGUUGACUUUUUUUGAAAAUUGAAUAUUAUUUCUCUUUAAUGUCUCUUGUUUAUUUUUUAUUUUUUUUUAAAUAUUAACAUAAUCAAGUCAUUACUUUUUAAAUUUUGUGUUGUAAAAUAAAGUGCAUUGAAGUAAAGGUUGAAAAUGAUUGAUUUUAAUUUGAUUGCCGUUGAUUGGUCAGAUUUAUCAUGCAAAACAUUAAAUACCAACUGCCAAAAAUAACGCUGAAUUAUAAGGAAAUGUUAAAACAUCUUUGAUUACAAGUUAUCCUUUCACCUUAGUUUUUAGAUGGUUUACUGUACAUUCUAUUUUGUUGAAAAUUGUGCACAGUGUUGUACAGAUUUUUAGAUUAACUGCAGUUUUCCACCAACAAACUCCAUCUACACUCCAAAAAUAUCCCUUUCCAGAUCAUCUGGAUUAAGAAACAAAGCUGGUAUGUCAAAAUUUAAAGUACUAGUAAGAUGUUGAUAAUUUGAUACAAAAUUUGAUGUUGGAUAUUACACUGCCACUUUUUUUUUUGACUGUGAUGUGUGUGAAGACUGUAAAUAAUCAAGGUGUUCCUCUUAUUGUGAUUGUAUUGUUAACAAGUGCACAUUUUAAAAGCAAUUUUUAGAAAAGCAAGUAUUUGUACAGACUGGUUUAUGCAUAUUUUUAUUAAGAUUUAUAUACAUGUAAUAUGGUUUUACAUUUUAAAUUAGUUAGCAUUAUCAGUAUUCCUAAGAUGUAAAAGGUUAUGGGAUUUUCCUUGAAGGAAAAAAAAAAGGAAGACAUGUUUUUGAAUUAUUGGGAAAGUGUGAGUUGAAAAAAAUGUCUCUAAAUUCAGUUGCUUAGUGUCAGAUUGAAACAACUUGUUAAGAACAUGCAACCAUUUCUAACCCCAUAAUUGUAUAGUAAAUAACUGAAGUUUGAGAAGAUUUAUUUUGUAUCAUAUAUAAUAUUGUUACUAGAGUAUAAAGUUUAGUUUCAUAUUCAUGGUUUUAAAUGUUUUCCUUUAAAAAAAAUUAUUGUUGUUUAAUUCUUGGUCAAUUAAGUUUUAUUAAAUUUAUUGUGUAUAUCUGAAAAAGUUAAUGUACAAAAUAUAUGUCUGGUUUUACACUUAGUUUUAUUCAUUUUGUAACAGUGUCAAAUAUGUCAAGUGACAACAUGUUAAGGGAGUUGUAAUUUGUUUUCAAAUCUUGACAAUGGUUGAACAUAUUUUAACAUUUAUUUAUAUUAGUCUGUAGUGCUGGCAUUAUAAUGUUAUUUAGAACUUAGAGAUAGAUAUAUAUAUUUGCUGCUUUUUUUAAUUUUCUCGAUGUUAGAUUAUUCUUCUGCAAAUGGUAAUAUUCAAUAGAAAAUGAUAUAAUUUGGUUGAAAUUUGUAUUGAAGAUGUAGGCAGUUUGUUUUAUACCUACAGAUAUGUGUAUCUCAUUUAUUAAUUUGUUCUUCCAACACUUUGCAUGUAUUGGAAAGUUUUAUGGUACAACAGGGACCUAGUGAUGGCAGUAUGGUGUUCAUAAAAAAAAACCUUUGUCUUUGUUGUAGUGACCAAUACAGUGUAGAAUGUAUAUUUCAGUAUGUUAUUUUACUGGACAAGUUAUUCAGAGUGAGCUUAAUAAAAUUGAUUGGAUUUGUACAUUUAGUUUUGCACCUAAAAUAAAACCAAGCUGGUGUUCUGUAAUCUGAGGUACUAAUGAAAUCGAUCUGAAAAUAUUGUGUAUACAUUAAAAGCAGAGCUGUUAUUCUAGAAGUCGGUUAUAUGAUGAUUCAUUAGGCAGAUUGUAUUUUUGUGACAUAUAGUAAUCUUCCAGUGCAGACAUAAAACAGAUUAACUUGCCAUGUAGCUGUGCAUUUUUUAUUUUUUUAUUUACACAAGUAUCAUGUUGGUGCCUUUCAGUCAGAUGGACAUUCAUGUUAAUGUUAAUAUCAAACAAGUACUACCAGUGAUUAACUAGCAAUCAUAGCAUGUAUCAUCAAAUAUCACUGCUAUCACUGCAAAAUAAAAAAAAUUGUGGGACUUCUGAAACCUUAAUUAUUGUAUAUUUACUGUUACAGUUACUGUAGCAUAAUGUCCAUUUGUUCAGUACACAUUCCUUGUGCCACACCAGUAUAGAAUAUCUAUUUAAAAUCAAUCAUACGUGAUAUUGCACCAUAUUUAUCUUAAUGUUUCUUCUAAUUGAAGCCGACUUAAUGCCUAUAUCUGCAUUUUACUUUCAACCAUUUAAUUGUUAUGUUCUGUAGAAUUUACCACUUUGUACUGUUACAAGAUUUAUAUGCUCCAAACCAGAUCAGAUGAAAAACAUCCAUUUUCAGUACUGAAACCACGAGUUGGCAAGCUGUCAUUUUUAUAUCUGCAUUCUGCAUUAUUAGCCUAUGAAGCUAAAUUACAUUGUACGCUAACAUUAAAAGCGUGUGAAUCUAUUGAACAAUGGCUGACAUUUGUAUUACAUGGCAAUAACAUUUUUUUUAAUGUCAUACCUUACACCAAUAGUCUGAGGAUGUUGUUCACCCUUUUAUAUAUAUUAUCUUGUAUCAUUAUAAUAAAACAUUAGAAUUUGAAA